AUGUCCGGUUCUGCAAACUCCACAGCGCCACUAACAAAGACCUCCCUCGCCAACAUUCCUUUGUCCUACGCCAGCGUCUCCCUAGGCCAAGUAGGUACCGACACCCUCCCCGACAAACUCCACGCCAUCUCACGCGCAGGCUUCACCGCCAUCGAACUCGGCUUCCCCGACCUCGUCGCCUUUGCAAACCAACUUCUCGCACCCAGUCAUGAAAUCACAGCCACCGACUACGAUGACCUGUGCACCGCUGCAUUCGAAGUCAAGGCGAUUUGCGCCCAGCUGAAGCUGCAAAUCAUGAUGCUGCAGCCUUUCGCCAAUUUCGAAGGCUGGGCAGACGACAGCCCGGAGCGCGAAGAAGUCUGGACGCGGGCACGAGGCUGGAGACGCGUGAUGGACGCUUGCGGCUGCGACAUGCUGCAAGUAGGCUCGACGGACUCCCCCGAAGAGCGCAUCGGGCGGGACCGCGAGCGCUUUGUGCGAGAUUUGCGGCUGCUGGCGGAUUUCCUGGCGGAGAAGGGGAUGAAGGUCGCGUAUGAGAAUUGGUGCUGGAGUACGCAUGCGCCGGAUUGGGAGGAUGUGUGGGUGAUCUGCAAAGCGGUUGAUCGCGAGAAUUUCGGGCUUUGUUUGGAUACGUUUCAAUCUGCUGGGGGCGAGUGGGCGGAUCCGACUUCUUCUUCUGGUCUGGUCGAUGAUGGAAGGAGUGCGGAGAAAGUGCAGCAAGAUUGGGAGGCUUCGUGUGCGCGAUUAGCGGAGGUUGUUGAUCCGCGGAAGAUCUUCCUACUACAGAUCUCCGAUGCCUAUCGGAUUGGACAACCACUGGAGAAGAAGGAAAUCGAUGGCAAGAGGUCGCGAGCGAGGUGGAGUAAUGCGUUCAGACCGCUGCCCUUUGAAGGCUACUUGCCUGUCGUCGACUUUGCCAAGGCGGUAUUGAAGACCGGAUUCCGCGGCUGGUUUUCAUACGAGGUUUUUGAUGCGGGUCCGGAUGGCACGGGCAGACAGGAUGUGCAUGACUUAGACGGUUGGACGGAUCGAGCUACGAAAUGCCAUGAGAAGCUGAUGGAAGCUUGCGAAGAUGCUUGA